AUGCACAACGCACCUAAGCCAGAGAGAACAAGAACUCCGUCAUCGGAAGACUUGAUUGGACCUCCACCAAUUGGAACAGGAGCAAAGUGUAUUAAGAAGUCUCAACUCUUUCGAAUCGAAGACUUGAUUGGACCACCACCCAUUACCCCAGGCGCAAAUAGCUCUACCACCUCAACCGAAAUCCCCAAUGAAGUCAGGCCAAAGAAGAUACUCCGACUGAACCCCAUGACCGGUACUAUUGGUUCCCCACCUGCCAAAAAACCCCUUCGGGCCCUUGAACCAGAAGGAAAGAAGGCUCCAGCUUCAAAGCAAAAAGUAAAGACAAAGGUGGUUAUAAUUCGCUACAGUCAUGGGAAGGGCAUUGGACAGAAAAUCGAUCGAAUUUUGCAUAGGACAAAGCUUAUCAUUUCUUUACCUUCGAAGGUCCUGCCGGAAACCCAAAAGCCGCCGGUCAGCGCAGCCAAACCUCCCAAAACGUUGCACCCAUUAUUCUUAGGAAAGGCUGCGGUGAAGAAAGGAACUACUCCACCGAAACCAACCCUGCAGGGUGUCAUUGACUUGUCUUGCGCACAAGAACCACCUAGGCCACGAUCUAGAGGCAAGUCAUCUCCUACCAAGCCUGCACCGGUGACAUUUUCUGGCUUUGGAGCUGCAAAGCUUAUGAAAUACCCUGGGGCGAUUGAACCGGCAUGGCCAUGGAGAGACAUGGUCCACAUCCGUGGGAUCGAUCCGAAUGAAGUUCCACCGCAGUUAGCAUCCACACCUUUGCAAACUCGAAGUAGGAAGUUCAAGUAUCAGGCCAUCGAGGUCUCCCCUGCCGAAAGUAUCCUCGGAACUUUGGCCAACGAACUAUGCAUUGAGAAGGCGAUGAAAGAAAUUCGAGAAAUCAAUCCAGACGAAUACCCUCCGGUUCCUGCCUGUCUUCGGAUUCCUUCCAAGCAUUACGAGCCAGGACUCACCAUUCAAAGGCGGGUGCUGAAAGAACUGCAUACUCGACCCGUGUUCCCAACCCUGGGCGACCAGAGUUCUACCGAAGAUGAGAUCCAGACCACCAAAAAGGCUCGCCGGCCUUCUUGUCACGCAGCGUUGUUGAAAGUUUAUGCUUCAAUUCCAAAGUCUUUCUCGGCAUUUGAUUUUGGCCAAUGUGAAAACCAGGCAUGGAUUCAAAAAUAUGCGCCAAAAGCUGCAGAAGAGGUCUUACAGGCAGGCAGCGAGGCCCGAAUAUUGAAGGCAUGGCUGCAAAGGCUAACCGUUCAGUCUGUGGAAGCAGGACUUGGUGACCAACCAGAAAGUCGUGCUGGACGUUCGAAAUCAUCAAAGUCUGAGAAGCUAGGCAACCGAAAACGAAAGUCGAAGAAGCUAGAUGAUUUCAUAGUCUCAACGGAAGAUGAAGAUGAUGAUAUGGAUGAGGUCACCGAGUCCGAGGAUGGCGCAUCACCCAACGGAAAACAGGAUCUUCUGAAGAAGACUGUUAUCAGAGUUGGAGAUGCUGCUGCUCUUGGAUCCAAAGAGCCCGGAAAACUCACCAACGCCACCCUUAUCAGUGGACCCCACGGUUGUGGGAAGACUGCUGCAGUGUAUGCUGUUGCGAAGGAGCUCGGGUUUGAGGUCUUUGAAAUCAACUCUAGCAGCAGACGUAGUGGGAGGGAUAUUCUGGAGAGGGUGGGUGACAUGGCACGCAACCACCAAGUUCAACGCUCAAGCGAUGUGCCUACCACGGAUCCGAUUGAUGAUGACAAACAACGCAUAGAUGAUGCUCUCGCCAAUGAUCUCCAGAGUGGCCGCCAAGGUACAAUGAACUCUUUCUUCAAGCCGAAGCAAGAGACGAAGCCAGAUACAAAGCCAAAACCUAAAACCAAGACAGAGACGCAAAGACGUGCCGCGACUCAAAAGACCUUGUUUUCCAGGCGGCCAGCAAAGCAACAGAAGCAAUCUCUCAUCCUCCUUGAGGAGGUUGAUAUCCUUUAUAAGGAAGAUACUCAGUUUUGGGCCCAAGUUGUCUCUUUGAUAUCAAUGUCUAAACGGCCAAUUAUCAUGACCUGCAACGACGAAUCAGUUUUGCCAAUUACCAGUCUCAGCCUCACGUUUCAUGCCAUCCUGCGCUUUGCACCACCGCCGAUUGAUCUUGCAAUUGACCAUAUGCUGUUGGUAGCAGCUUGUGAAGGGCACGUGCUUCGAAGAGAGUCCGUAAAGACCUUGUAUGAGGGUCGCAAUUCGGACCUUCGGGCCUCCUUGACGGAACUCCAAUUUUGGUGCCAAUUUGCUGUUGGAGAUGUCAAAAGGGGGCUCGAUUGGUACUACCCUCGCUGGUCUCGGCGUGAAGACAUUGACGAGGAGGGAAAUACAAUCCGAGUCGUUAGUGAAGGAACCUAUGAGACCGGGAUGGGCUGGCUAUCGCAGGACUUCUUGGAGAGCGAUAUCCACCACCUAGACGUUGAAGAAGAGAUGCUUCAUGAAGUCUAUGAUAGUUGGCAUGCUGAUGCUAGCAACGACGCAAAAUACAGAACAGGGAUGGACAGGUGGGCGAAGAAGAUACAGACACUUUCCAGUGGCAGGAACGACAACAAAGCUGCACUGGCAAUGUAUGCAGACUUCGCAGAAGCGAUGAGUUCGGCGGAUCUGUGCUCUGGUGGAAUUUUUGCACCAGACAAUCGGACUGCACUCGACUCUAGCCUACCUGAACUAUCCCAGAAGGCGAAGGACGACUACAUCCUCGCACACGACAUCCUCGAAGCUACGCCACUUGUCUCGUAUGAUAAUGUCUGCAAGGACAUCUACCUUUGGAUGCAAUCUAGAACUAGGAACUAUCUCCAGGUCGACCAACACGUCAAGCAUAACCUUGAAGUUCCUACCGAGCUUGCUCGUCCCAGCGAGAGGGCUAUGAUCCGCCUCGUUACCUCUCAAACCACAGAACCAGAAGCCUCCCUCAACCGAAAAGACUUGAGCCGCGCUUUCGACCCCGUUGCUGAGCCUGAGAAGUUGUGGCCGCUCAACCCUACAGCCAUGGAACUCUGCUCUUUCGACCGGACGACAGCCCUGAUCACAGAGGAUCUAGCGCCAUACAUUCGGUCGAUUGUGGCAUAUGAUAACCGUUUGCAGCAAGAACGUGCAAAGCUGAGCAAUCUCUUAAGUGAAGGUGGACGGCCUGGGAAGAAACUAAGGACAACAAGGGCUGCAAUUUCUGCUCUUGAGGGUGGCACUAGGAAAUCGACAAGGAGAGACCGAUGGUUUACGGGGAAGGUGAACACUUAUCAUGUUAUGCAGACAGGAAUGCAGAGCUGGCUUGAUGCUGCUGCAAUGGAGACGCCAAAAAGUGCCGAAGACCUAACGACAAGUCCGGUUGCAUCGCCGGAGGAGACAAGUGAUGAGACCUGUGAAUAG